AUGUCCAGCGACCUCCAGCACCGUCCCCCCGUCCCCGACCCCGUCGUCGACUCCCUCCGCGACCUCGUCGACCCCGCGCAGCUCGCACACGACCCCGGCGCCGUCCACAUCCGUGCUGGCGCCCUCUUCGCCCGCCUCAAGGCCCUCAAUCGUGCUGCCAAUGGCGCGACCCGCGUGCAGAAGCAGACCACCGCCGACGCCCGGCAGCAGAUGGACCACACAUAUCUUGGCCUGCAGAAUCUGCUGUAUGAGAAGCGGCACCUAGAGCGAGAGAUUGAGAAGUGCCGUCAGUUCGCCUCGGUCUACCAGGACAUCCCUGUACAUUCUCUGGAAGAAUUCGUUGAGCUUGCGCCGGAAGAGGCAAAGUCCGAAGUUGUACUGUCGGACGAACAUCAAUUGAUGCUGAACCGGCUCAGCUUCGAACUUGCUGAACGCCAGAGAUUGGACCAGACAAAAAAAGAGCUUGCAAAGCAGAAGGAAGAGUUGCUCAAGCAGAGCAAAGCCAAGCUCGCCACAAUGGACAGCGUAAAAGCACAGAUCGACUCUCUUAUCAAGGUCAGUGAGAUUGCAACCCUUCGCCUCAGCUCCUUUCGCUCAUGUUCACUCCUAGACUGCAACCGAGGUGCAAAAGAGAGUUAG